AAACCUGACGUUCUGAUUGGCUGUGCAGUGGACGGCGGCUGGGGGGCGUGGUCUCAGCCCGGGCCGUGCUCCGUCUCCUGUGGGGAGGGGCUCCAGCUGUCAAUCAGGACAUGUGAUAGCCCCGCCCCCAAAUAUGGAGGACGAUUCUGCGACGGACCGAGCGCCAAGAGCAUCGUCUGUCAGAGUCCCUGUCCGGUGGACGGGUUCUGGUCCGGUUGGUCGGUUUGGGGCGAGUGUUCCUCUUCCUGUAUCCCAGAGGGCCAAUCGGCUGUCAGGACUCGUCACCGCUUCUGCUCUAACCCCGCCCCCUCCUCCAGUCCGCCCGGAAACAGCUGCAGUGGAGAGGACACGGAGACGUCCACCUGCACGCACCUGCCUCACUGCUCAGUGGACGGAGGGUGGGGGUCCUGGUCAGAAUUCUCUCCCUGUCCUGUUACCUGUGGGGUGGGGCUCCAGCUGUCCGUCAGGAGGUGUGAUAGUCCCGCCCCCAAACAUGGCGGCCAGCCCUGUGCUGGAGGGGGCAGUCGAACCAGCGUCUGCAACACCAACGAGCACUGUCCAGUGGACGGGCUGUGGUCCCAGUGGUCCCAGUGGGCCCCCUGCAGGGACCCCUUCAGAGGAAAGGACAUCCGCUGCUUGCACAUCGGAGGGAGUCAGAGCCGCGAGAGGAGCUGCCUCCAUCGAGCCCACAACGGCUCCAUCUGCAGCGGGGAGGCCCUCACCGAGACCAGGGUCUGCUACGACGUGGACAAGUGCUACAUGAAGGGCACCUGGGACGGAUGGGAGCAGUGGAGUCUCUGCUCUCCGCCCUGUGGAGGAAAGCCUCAGCGCUUCAGGAGGAGAUUCUGCAAACCGGACUACAGCGACUACAGACCUACCAUCGGUCGUCAGAAGGCAAAGGCGACCUUCUUCGGGAAGCCUCAGGCGGACUGCCGCUUGCCGCCCGAAGGAGGGCUGAAGCUGGAGGUCCAGCCGUGCCUCAACGUCCCCGCCUGCACCUGAACCCUCUGCUGAGUCACUCUCUUCAGGGUUCAUUAUGAGAGCAUUUCAUGGAAGCAAUGCUCUCGUCUUUAUUUGAUCCCUGAAACACAAUUUUAAUAAAUGUAUUGUUUUCUUCA